AUGAAUCAUGAAGUAUGCCAAUUAGUUGAUUCUAUUCAUGGCAAAACAAAACUUAAUGUAUGUGGAUAUUUAUUAGUAAAAGAUAAAAAUCAGAAUGAAAAGUAUUAUUGGUAUUGCAAGUAUAAAAAUGCACUAAAAUGUAAUGGAAGAGCGACAACAAACUUAGUAGGCAAAGAGCACUUAUUAAUGAAAUUUGUCGAACACAAUCAUGCACCAAUCGCAAGCCAUUUUGAUAUAGUUCAAAUACUCAAUUCAAUGAAAAAUGUAGCUUCCGGAAGUUCAGACCCCCCAGCACAAAUAAUUUAA